CGUCAUCUUCCAACAUGGUGCGCAUCCUCGCCUCGCCGUCUCGCCGUCUCCUGUCCCGCACUUCCGUGCACCCCUGCCGUGCCGCGCUGGCCGGCACCUCUGCGCCUGCGCCGAGCCGCGCGGCCACCCGCCGUGCAGCAGUGUUGCCAGCUGCGCGUCCACGGAGCUCGCCGCUGUCCGACACGCGGCAGCUGCCGCAGCGCACGCGUAUGGUCGUACCAUAGCUCGUUGCGUCGUAGCCGCAGAGCCCGUGGCGGCGGCCAGAACGCUGCUGCAGGCGUCUCUGUGGGCACGCCAGCGCAGGCCACGAGGUCUGCAGCCUCGGCAAUGGCGUCGCAGGCGAGGCUGCCACUGCAACGGGGCGGCGCAUGGGCUGGGCUCAGGUGGUUGCAUGAGCCAGCGAGGCUCCGGCCAGAGCACCAGACGGCCGGGCUGCUCUCAGGAGUGGGCGGAGACUCUGGGCAGCAGCAGCGUGGAACGGCCGCUGUGCCGCCGUGGCUCGCUCCGUGUCGUGGCCAGGCCACCGGCGUUUCGCCCCAUCAUCCGCCUCGACAAAGAGCUCAUCCCGUUGCGCCGCCUACAGCCGUCGCAGAAGACCUUCCGCAUUAAGAGCAAGCUCGCGGUCGCGGCCAAGAAGUCGCGCCCGAUCCCGCAGUGGUUCCGCCUGAAGACUGACAACAAGAUUCAGUACAACAAGAACCGUCGCCACUGGAGACGGACGAAGCUCGGCCUCUAAACGCCGACUGCUCUCGUUCUGCUCUGCGCUUCCCGGCUCUCUUCAUCAUCACCACCAUCCAUCACCUCGCACACGCGCGCCUGUGGCACCCUAUCGCCGCAACUCAUGUACACUGCACUGGUCCGCGCGCCGGCGCUGCCGGCGCGACCUGACGAAAAUCUCACCUGCCAGCCAGCGUUGCUCGUGUGCAGUGGGUGUGCGGCCGGGAUUGCGAGACGGGGGGAGUGCACGAGUCUAG